AAAAAGAUAAGUUAGGAGAAGUCCAUGAAGUAAAGGAUGUGAAAAUUGUUGCUUUGGAACAUAAUCAGGAAGAAAAUACCCUCACAACUCAUGAAAAAAUUCACUAUAAAAGGGGGUAUAUGGAUAUCAACUCCGCAAUUCAACAAAAGAACAAUAAGGAAGUUUCUCAACUAGUUAAGAAAAUAGAAAGCAUUCUCAAAAGUGAUUUAAGUCCUUAUGAAAGGAAAAUUGCUUUGUUUAAUGUAAUAAAGAGAUUAGAAGUAGGAACAAUGUCUCCGGAAAAGAAAAAGAGAACUAACUGA